CUAAAGUAAAACACAAAAGCGGAAUGCUGUCUGCACAAUCCUCUGAAAAUUAAAAUAGGCAGGCAUUAACACAAGCACUUCUACCGGAGCAAUGGCCGACGAGAUUCCGGUGAUCGAUUUCCGAGAAUUUCCAGGCAGCUUAUCGAAGCUGAUCAAGGCCUCUGAGGAAUGGGGUUGCUUCAGGAUUGUGAAUUUCGAGAGCAUUCUCCCAGUUUCGCUCAUGUACGAGAUGAAGGAAGUGGUAGCAUCUUUGCUGGAUCUUCCCCUGGAGAUCAAACAGCGCAACGUGGAUGAGAUCGCCGGCAGUGGCUAUAGAGUUCCGGGACUGAUUAAUCCCAUUCACGAGGGUUUGGGUCUGUAUGACAUCGCUUCCUCUCAGGCUGUUGAUGCCUUUUGUGCCCAGUUGGAUGCUACUCCUCUGCAAAGGGCCACAAUUACAAGAUACGCUAAAGCAGUACACGAGCUGAUCAUGGAUAUUGGAUGUAAAAUAGGAGAAGGUUUGGGUCUGAGAGAUGUUCCUUUCAAGAACUGGCCCUGCCAAUUCAGGAUUAACAAAUAUCCCUUUACGCCUGAAACAAUUGGUUCGGAUGGGCUAAGAACACAUACGGACAACGGGUUUCUUACCAUAGUGCAGGAUGAUGAGCUAUUUGGUGGUCUUGAAGUGAUGCGGAAACCAGGUGAAUUUGUUGCCGUUCAGCCUCGUCCGGAAGCCCUCCUAGUCAAUUUCGGAGACAUUGCUACAGUGUGGAGCAAUGGAAGAUUCUACAAUGUGAAGCAUCGGGUUGUCUGCAAACAAGAAGGAAUCAGAAUUUCGGUUGCUACGUUUCUCUUAGGACCAAAGGAAGCAAUGGUUGAGGCACCGCCUGAAUUAGUGACUCCAGAAAAUCCUCGUCUCUUUGUUCCAUUUGGGUUUGAAGAUUUUCGGAAAACUAGAUUCUAUAAACACAUGAAUGCAGCUAUAAAAAGCACAUGUUUGAAAAACACAUAUUGUUGGACUUCUUCUCAGCUACAUACAGCACAUGUCAUGCUGAAGUUGAUCAAUGUUUAGCAGAAGAUGAUGCUGUUUGAGUUGAUCACGUUGGAUCCACGAAAGAGAUGAAUAACUUAUUUAGAUGUAAUAAUGUCAAUACUUAAUUAAAAUUCCUUACUGAACUUUUUCC